GCCAUGUCCUCACUGGAAGCAACUGCUCUUUAUACCUACUUACCAUACUUACUUUAAGUAUUUCUCAAGUUAAAAUUCCAUAUGGUUUAGCACAAAACAUCUGUAUGGAUGUAUCAGGAGCUUGGAAGUGGGAGCUGGAGUGGAAACGUAUUAAUGUUGAGUGACAGCUGCAGUUCGAGGCCUGUAGACUGUUGUGCCAUUGUGUAACAGGUUUUAAUUUCGGCUUUUUUUUCUAUUUCCUCUUAAAGAUGUGGUAUGGAUUAGGCCACAGAUUGAGUGUGUGUCAAGUAGCUACCCUCUCAGAGCUGUUCUUGUGUGAGCGCUCGUGUGCAUGUCUGUUGAGAAAUUCUUCCUCACUUGACAGGUGGUCUGAAGGGGACGAAGAGGAGGAAAAGUCUGAUGACGAUGAAGGCGAGGAAUACGAUGAUGACGACGACUUCGUCGGGGGGUCAGAGAAGGAUCAGAGUGAAGGAGAGAAUGAGCAGCUAUCCACAGGCAUCGAUUACUUCAGCGAGGAAGAGGAUGGGGUGCUGGAUAUAGAGAUAGAGGGAUUCCAGCAAAGUAGGGUGGAUGGCCACAAGACAGGUGAAAAGCAGGAUGAGGUACUGUCUUCAUAAAUAGGCUACUUAGACACGCUCUGAUUACUACCUCUAACCUGCUCAACCCUAUAGGUCCAAAAUACAUUAAGUAUUCAAUAAAUAUCUGACAUUUCUUCAGAUUUGGUCGAAAGGAAUUGCAAAAGUUCAGUUAUUGACCUAACUCAGUUAAGGUCAAGUGAAUUUAAAAUGGCUAGAGGACACAUUAAGUCAUCACAUUUCUGGGUUAAAUAUUAGGAUCUGACAUGAAUGGGGUUUAUGAUGACAAUGGCGCUGCAGAGAGAUGAUGUGUGAUGUUGGCCUACAGGUGACAGCAGCCCUAGAGACCCUCAAACCAGAACUUUGUGAGUACCCUUCCUUAUCAAUCAGGAUAGGUUUAAAAUGGUGUGUGUGUGUGAUUUAUUUGUUGACAGUCAGUCCUUUUGGUCGUAUACUGAAUAUCUGGGAUAUAACCAAGUACAUCGGCAAGUGGAAGUUAGCACACAUAAAGGGCUACCACUUUGAAACCUUCAACGGAGAGCAAGCCCACAAGAACCUGCUCAAGCAAAGGGAGUUAGACUGCAAAACCAGUAUUCCUCUUCCUAUUGUGUGCAUGAUGGAGACCGAGGCUCUGCGUAUUCUGGAGAAGAUGGAACAGACAUACAGGUCUGAAUUUGGGGCCAACCACCAAUUGACCAAAGACGUCCAGGACAGGAUUGAGGCGGUGAGAGCCCAGCUAGCUGUUAAGUGUGUCUUCGUCCCGACCCUCACUCUCUGGCAGGACGAUCUGAAGUUAUGGUGUUCGUGGCUGCUGUUAACCCUGCUAAACAGGGGAAACAAGCAUCUCCGAUCAGGGUGGAGGCAGUGGCUCGGGACACUUGUGACAGGAUGGAGCCAGUGGCUAAGGAACCUGACAAGGAGGCCACCAGCGACCAAAACCGAGGCAACGGAGGCAGACGACAGCGACGUCUCUCCAUCAGGAUGGAGGCAGUGGCUCGGGACACUUGUGACAGGAUGGAGCCAGUGGCUGAGGAACCUGAUAAGGAGGCCACCAGCGACCAAGACCAAGGCAACGGAGGCAGACGACAGCGACGUCUCUCCAUCAGGAUGGAGGCAGUGGCUCGGGACACUUGUGACAGGAUGGAGGCCACCAGCGACUGCGACCGAGGCAACGAAGACCAAGGUGUCCCUCAAAAGCGGCCAGUCACAACACAUGUAGACCGGUUUGUAUGGAAGAUGGGAUUUAUCAUUUGUAGAGUUUUGGCUGGCAUAUGACUGGUCACAAAUUCAUUCUGAACAAGACUAUAGAGCAAAUGUUUAUGCUUUCCCCUCUCCCAGAUCUCUUGUUUUUUCAUCCCAAGCCCAUUUAAGAAAAACACAUCACAACACAAAGCAU